UAGCAAAAAAAAAAGAAAUAUGAGCAUAAUGUUUAAUUCAACAUCAUAAAGACAUCUCCGUAUAAUUUUGUUUACGUUUUAUGAUAUGGAAAUAUUUAUAGCCUUCAUUCUUCGGCUUAUAUAUUCAUCGUUAUAUAUAAAUGCAUGACAUUUAAAUUGGAACACCUAGAAUAAAUAAAACAUUCUACGUAAACUAUUGUUGUGGAUAAUACUAGAGGCAGCUAUACUCAGGUAUAUUGACACUAGUAUGCACAAGUAUACAAUAUUACAGAAAAAAUAGAUUCCUAUGUGUAUGGUUAGUAAAAUAAUUUGAAAUAUAACUUUCUGGUCCGGUGUUAUCAAGAUUAGCCAGACGUAUCUACACAAUGAAUAACCAACAAAUUCUAGAACAUGUUGAACAGAAACAGUUACAAGAGAAAGAAUCAUAGCAGUGGAAAGGUUACCUACACGUUAUGCCGAAAUAAAAUUAACAAACUAAACAGACUAGAAAAAAAUAAAAUGAAAUUCAACAAAAGGCUGACGAGGGAUGAUAUCAUCAUUACAAUGAUGAGCAUGAACAGCAACCAGAGAAAAAAUGGCGGAUUUAAAUUAUCUCGAUUUAACAAGAUUUAAACUUUUAUUAAGAACAUUCAUAAUGGAGCUAGAAUUAAACAGGCUGAGAACUUUCCUUAAAUACCCGAAGGAUGCUUCACUUUCUGCUAGUGUAUUGGCUCAUCGUGGAUUUCUGUACCUUGGUGAAGAUAGAGAGAAAGCCGUGGAGUGUUAUUCUUGCAGGAAAACAUUUAGUAUACUUAACUGUAUUGAUGAAAUACUAAGUGAACAUUUUCAGAUCUCGCCUACUUGCCAUGUGGUAAAUAACAGUGGAUUUUCAAAUGUAAACAGUAGCACCACAUUUUCCCCGAGUUUUUCUCAGCCUUUAGUAAACUGUAAAAAUGUCAAAAGUGCUAAAGGUAUUCCUAAAGAAAUACAAGCUAAAAGCCCGCCCCUUAAUAGUGGAGCUACUGAGGCUUCACUAAGUUCAUUUAAUUCUGAAAGUGGAUCUACAGUGAGAAAUAUUUUGUUUGAUGAGUUUAGUAAUACCAACAACUCUAGACAGAGAAAAACUAAUGAAGCGUGCUGCAGCAACAAAUCUACUAGUUUUUUAUACUUUUCCAUUCCAACUUCAGUAAUACGCAAUACUAACAGUGAUCUAAUAGUCUAUGAAUCAUCAACAUAUGAUGUACAGUCUGAUGGUCUGCCUAUUAUAUCACGUGAACUUGACACUGCUACGCCAGGUGUCAGCAACAUUGGUCUCCCAGUAAGCAGUGAUGCUCAAGGUGGUGAGUCAAGUGUCCAAACAUCAACUGUUGUAACGCCAAGACCUAAAACUGAAGACCCAGAAACUGCAUUAGUUCAAAGUUUGACUUCACAGUCAAAUAUAAACAUAUCAAGCCAAACUAGGGAGUCAGAAGCACACAUUAGCAGUGUUUCAAAUGCUGCAGCCACUGGGCCAACAUAUUCCGAUCUUGGUAUCAUCACAGAGAGAGCCAAACGUCAAGAGUACGCUGUCAAACAGAAGAGACUAGAAACAUUUGCAUCGUGGCCCAGAGAUCAUCACCUCAGUCCUGAAGAUUUAGUCGAAGCUGGAUUUUACUAUGCAGGUUAUGGAGACUGCUCUAGAUGUUUCUUUUGUGGAGGUGGACUAAGAAACUGGGAAGAUCAAGAUGACGUAUGGGUGGAACAUGCUAGAUGGUUCCCCAAGUGUGCUUACAUACGAGAAAAACUGGGGAUCAAUUUUAUAGACGUUGUACAGGAAUUAACAAAGCAAUUUGAUCAGAUUAGUUGGAAUAUGGUCACUGGGAGACUAAAGACACCUGUCAUACUUAAUAAUCAAGAAAAUGUCCUCAAAAGAGACCCAGCUGUAAAAUCUGUUGUGGAAAUGGGUUAUGCUGAAGAAGAUGUUAUACAAAUCGCUUAUCUGUUAAAGGAACAAGCCAUAGCAAUCUCAGCAGACACUUUAGUGGACACGUUGAAACUGGAAAUGAAAACAAAAAUAAACCUAAGUACUUUGAAUGCACUCGUAUUGAAUAGACCUGCGGGACAAGACAUCUUGAAGCUAAAAGAGAAAAACAACCAACUACGCCAACAGACUGUGUGUAAAAUCUGCUUGGACCAGGAAGUUGCUGUGGUAUUUCUUCCUUGUGGUCAUUUAGUGUCCUGCACGGACUGUGCCUCGGCCAUGAAAGCAUGUCCAGUGUGUAGAACCGAUGUUAAAGGCAUUGUUCGUGCCUUUUUUCUGUAACCUGACGUCUUUACAACGGUGUUGUUAGUAUUCAUUGUUUCGUACACUUCUGUUUGCAUUUCUUUGUUGCAUUUUGACAAUGCAGUGCUGUGCUGACUGUUUUUAUUCCUUUGAACGAUAUUGUGUUUUGCAAUAAACUUUUAUAUACUAUUUUUUACAUUAAUAUCUACACUUUAUGCAAAAAUAACAACAUAUGUAACGAGCGCUUUGAAAUAUUAUUUCUUUUUUAACUUGAUUGUUUCUUGCACACUUUUAUUUCCCUAUGAAUGAAAAUAAAUCAACAUUGGAAGAAGGACAACCUUACAAUUUUACUACUACAACUUUUUUUACUCAAUUCAUAAUUUUCAUGCCAAUUACUUUGUAUAUACAUAUGUUUGCUCUGUAUUGUUUUCGAUAAACCAAGAUCUAAUUAUUUAUACUCGCACGUAUUUGAAAAUAAAAGCUCUUUUAAAUU